CCUCUUUUGCUCUCCUCUGAUUUGCUUUGAUUGAUUUGCUGUUGAUUUGCUGCUGCUCCGUGUAGUUGCCAUGGUAGGUCGCCGGAUCGUCCCAGCCGGCGAUGUUCUUUCCUGGCUGCCUCUCCUUCCGGUCUUCAUUUGGGCGGUGCCGCUGCUGCUCCGUGUGGCCAGCGGGGCAGGCCACCGAGCGCCUCCGUUUCUCCUGCAGGUCUGGAGGCUUUACCUUUUGCUCCGUGGCUGCAACCUCCGCCCUUCGAACUGGUCUGCAGGUCAACGAUGCUGUUCUUUCUUCGCGUGGCCGGCCUGAUAGUCCUUCGGGUCAUGUCUCUAGAGGACAUGCUUCUGCCUCGGCCUCUCCUUCUGACUUGCGGAUGGACGAUGCCGAUAUUGCAGCAGAGAAGAGUAAGACAACAGCUGUAGCCGCUAAGGGGGAGAAGAGAAGGCAACUAACAAGCGUCCGUGGUAGCCUGAAGAACAAGAUCCUGCUCCGGCUGACAUCCAAAGGUGAACAUGGGCUGGUCGCCACCAUGACAUUGAAAGGAGAUCUGUGUCGUGGCGACAUCAGCUGGCUGACCUGUGCUUAGCUGGUGGAAUGAUCAGCCCCGUAGCUGUUCUAUUGGCUCACAAGAAUGAAUGGCCAUUGUCAGAAACUUGAAAUCAAGUAGUAUCACGGUCAAAAGAAAAUUACAAGAACCUGUGAAAAGAAGUUUACAAAGGAAUCUUCAGGAGGCUCACCUGUUGGAACAAUGGGCUUACAAGAUCAAGAACGUACGUAAAUGAACCAAAAUAAGUGGGAAUUCUUGUAUGCUUGAACUUGGUGGUAAGCUGAUUUACAUGUGCCAGUUGCUAGCAUUUAAGCAUAUUAAGAUGGUCAUCAGUUUGUUCUGUUUCAUUCAGUUUGUACAGGCAGUUUCCUUGCUGCGGGCUAUUGAAGUGUAGAAAAGAACUUUUUGCGAAUUACUCCCUCCGUCCCAAAAUAUAAGGCGUCUAAGGAUUAGUUAAGUUUGACCAAGUUUAUACACAAAAAUAUAAACAUUUACAGUACCAAAUCAACAUGAAUAGAUUCACCAUAAAAUAUAUU